CUCCAUUUUGUAUCAAAACAUUUCCCGUACAUGAAUCGUGUGUUCUGCCAAAAGGUUGAGCCAAACGGAAGUCAUGAGAACAUGACAUAAUGAAGAGACCAGAUGUGCUUUGUUGUUGGUUCAACGGACUGGUUUGAUUGGUGGAAACUGGCUUAAAGGGGGGUGAAGUUUGACUAUAAAAGUCAUCUGUGAAAAGUAAUACUUUGGAUUUGUUCGGAUUUGCUAAACUCGUUGUAUGUUGGGCGUGAGCUUAUUAAAACACUUCCCGCUGGUUGCAACUUCAAUUCGCCGUCUCUUCUCGUCAUUUUGCCACAACACUUGGAAACUAAACCACAGAUUCCUUUGUUACACGAUUGUUUCAGCUGCGACAAAAGAGAUAAGAGAUUAUUUCUCUAAUGCAACAUCCCCCGAAAAUAUCACACAAUCUCCAGAUGUGAAUGCAUGGAUAGCAGAGUAAAGUGGAAAACAGCUGACUAAAACAAAACAUGUAUUCUUCUUUGCCUGAAUUUAGUAUAAAAACAAUGAAUAUUUCCUCUCUAUAACUGAUAUAAUGGUUGCAAUCAGAUCUCUCUUUUUUUUCGAUGUAUGCUAUUAACUUAAACCCCAAAAAAUAAUAACUUUUACUUGACAUUAUUUAUUUGCUAUUACCAAAUUAUUAUCCAUCUAUUAUUAUUUUCAACGUAAAGAACUGUGACAAAACAAAACCAUUGUUUAGCUGCAUCAUCAGAGGCUGAAGGUGAAGGGAGGCCCUUAGUCUCUGCCAAAAGAUUUGACUUAUGGUAUCUGUCAUUUAUGUAUGUAUGACAUGUGUCCUCUUAGCUAUAGCUUGUUACCCAGCCAUUUAUAACCAGUCAUUCAGGAAUAAUCUGUGGUCUUCGCUGUGAGUGUGAGACUUAGAGCUGCGUGCCGUCACCAUGGCUAACAUUAAGCUAUAGCUGCCGUUAAAUACCGUCAAAAUGCAGGCUGGCUGCUUGUUAAACCAUGAUAUCAUGUUUUCUAGUUCUGCACGUGUUAAAUACAGAAUACUGUAUGUGGGUGUGUGGAGGAUCUGGAUUUCUCUAAAGGCACUUAACGACGGCAAUGCAAUGAGCAACCAAUUACUUUUGCUUUUGAGGAAUUAGUAAAGUAUGUGCUGUGGCGAUUACAUUAUGUCCAACACUAAUAUACUUAGCCAUCUAAGUGGAUGCUUCUGUCAUAAUAGCACAGCGGACCCUGACCUUAUUUUACUGUUGUUUUCUGUUUUUGGGGUGAAAAUAAAAUUAUAAAAGAAAAACCAAUCGAACCUUGUCCUGACAGCAUCACCACCCCUCAGAGAUUUGUUAUUCACCCCCCUAGAGAGGUAGAAAACCUUUGGUUUAUGUUCACAGGCAUAGCUGACAACAUGAAUGGUUACUACUCAUUUAUGCAGCACACUGAGGAGAGCUUUGUAAGACUUGGGCUGUUUGCCUUCCAAAAAGUUCUAUAAACAUAAACAUGCCAGCAUCAGGAAAAACAAAUCUUCAUGUGUGUGUAUGUCCCUACGCUGCAUUGUGUUCUAGAUUUAUCUAAGGCAUAUCCCAGCAUGCAUUACACUCCAGCAAUACGCUCGCCCAACCACAUUAAACAUGUAUGGAUACACAUACAAGAACAUCCACACAGACAUACAUUAUUUUUUUAUGUACUUACAACCAUAUACUUAUCAAACCUGAGGGGGAAACAAUUCAUUGCUCUCCAUUGACUUUGUAUUGUGUGAAGGACUUUCGUCUGCUAACAAACACCAGAAAAAUGCCUAAAAGCUGCUGGAUGGUGGGAUGCACUACCAACAGAGUAAAAAAAAAAACAGAAUUAAGUUUCUAUAGGCUCCUGAACUCCUCUUUGUGUUAUAGUGGAAUGUGGAUACAUCAGAAAGCUAUGCAGUAAUGUGUUUGCAAUUGCCUUGGCUAGCUACAGUAGCCUGCUAACACAUAGCAAAGAUUAGCUUACUAACAGCUAAUUUGUCCUAUACCACUAUCAUUGUUAUCAACUGCACCCUUGGUAGACAUAUGGUGCUAAAAUAUUCCUUUGAAAUGCUGAAACCGAAUAUUUUUAGCUAGCCACAGGCGUUUCUUAGUGUUUCAGCCCUUGGUUGCAUAUUGUGGCGGUGGUUGUUUUCUCCUCCGCUGGGCAUGGUGUCCACAAUAUGAUGCGUUGUGCUCUGUCUCUAUGAAUCAGACUGAUGAUUCAGCAGACUACCUUGAGGAAGAAGAGAUGCAUGCAAAAGCACACUUCAACACACACAAGCCUGCAAAAAGUAUGAAAAACAUCUGUCUGCAGCAGUUUCCGAUGUGAAGUUUGUUAUCUUUUGGCAGAUUAAUCUUUAUCAUUGAUGCUCUUUUUGUCUUCCUAUUCGCUCUCUCUUCCCUCUCUCUCUCUUUCCGUCUCACCCAGCCUCCAGCUCUGCAGUUAGGAGCAUCGGUGGCAGAUUUUGCCUGGCAGUGCUAAGGACACAUGCGCCUUGAAGGAAAGACAGAUGGGUGGGCAAUGGAGAUAGACAGUAUUUGUUGGAGCCUCAGUUUCAGUCCUCCCUCCUUUCCAGUCCUCCCACUUUAUGGACAUUAUACCACAAGAAAGUUAUUUUUAUACUGUCAGUUUACCAGCUCCCUCCUCCCAAAUAAUAAAUACGUAAUUGGAAUAGGCUAAUUUAGCUGUGUUGGUGAAUUACAGCAAUGUUGCGGUGUCUUGGUAUGCUGUUCUUCUGGUGAUAAUUGAAAACAGUAAUGCAGACUGUUUAUUCAUAAUUUAUUUUUAAUGAAACUGGCCUCAUUUCAACUGACUGUCUCGUAUACAAAGUGAGUUUUGUGAAGCGAGCAGUGACACAUUUACCAGAUGGGCGCUCCUUCUCCACCGUUAGCUCACUUGGCCCACCUGCUUUCUAAGACUUUGUGACAUCACCUUGGUUCUCGAAUCACACACCUGCUCUCCUCAGAUUGAGAAACCUUUGUCUUCGUUGGCGGCCUCAAUGUCUUUACAGAGGGUUUAUUAAAACAAUUGAAUAGUGUUGACUGUUUUCGCCCCAUAGCGCCUGGUUAUGAGCAUGCACACAUAGAAGCGACUGCUAUUUUAUAAGGUGUGUUGAGUGGAUGGAGUGCACUUCUGGUUGAACUCAAUCUCAGAAGUCAAUGGCUAUUGGUCAAAUGACCGAUAACUCUCUGGUGGCUGGAUUAUUUCACAAAUAGCCAAUAAGCUAAUGUUAAGAUAAUAAAAAGCUUGCAUUUCGGCCAAUGCGUUCCGCCUGCACCAAAGUCUGCUCUGUCAGAAUCUGUUUACAGAGCUUAGGUUGAACCAAACAUAUCAAUUUGAUAACAUAAGUUUGCUAAGAGCAUCAUUACAAAUAUUGAUUCUGUUAGGCCGAACAGGAAACUGUAUGUUGGCAUAGAGUGUGCUUCAUAGCAUGCAGUAAAAAUAAGUAUAACAGAAUGUUUCAAAUUCUUUGUGAACUGCCUUCUUGUCCUGAUGAUCUCACAAAGAUCAUGCAGGAUGAGGCAUUACAAUUGGAUGUUUGCAUAAUCAAAUUACAAAUGGGAAUCCAGAUGAACACCACACAACUGCCUGAUGUUGUUAUUUAUUCAUGUGUAAAGGAGAUUUCCUGCUACAUUAUUUGCCUGUUGAGUACAGAUUAGAAUAUAACUUUGUAUGCAGCAAAGUGGAAGCAUUUCAGGCAUAAUUAGGUAUCUUUCACUGCUCUUUCAACCCACCACGAGAUAAUAUACAGUGAGAUCCAAGCUUGCAUCUGGAUGCAAUGCGUCAUAUCUUCAUGCACUCUGUCAAGAUAAUUAAGAGAUGUUUGCAUGCUAAGAUACAGAUGGAGAAGUCAAGACUUUCUCAUGCUCAAGAAAUGAUUUGUCUGAAAUUAGUAACACAAGUGCGGCAAAGCAUAGCAGAUGUAAGCGGCUCAGAGCAUACAGCUGACUGCAGACUCAUAAUAUUACUCACAAGAUUUUGAACACGCCAAAGCAACGGGGGAAAGGCCUUAACAUUUCAUGAUUUCUUCAUAGUCAUGGAAUAGUGAGGCACAUUGCACACCUGAAGUAAUGCUGAUAAGAAUUAAGUGUAAUGACCACUGUGCACCCGUCUACAGGGAAUAAUGCUCGCCUUAUGUAACAGCAGGCCCGGCCUGGAGCAUACUAGUGUCCAUUUUAGAUUUGAACUGAUCAUCCAUGGUGCUGGGUCCUCUUCUCUAAUUACUUCUUCCUUUCUCCAUAACACUCAAAUUAUAUUCCAUGCUGUGAGAGAGAUGCCUUUGUAUAUAUAUGCAGAAUGCUUGUGUCACUCUGUGUGAGACUGCUGAAGUGAGCAGUAUGUGGGAUUUAAAGAUAAAGAUGUCAGAGAGGCACAGAGCCGUUAGGGACAACCGAAACCAACCUGAACACACAUUCAAAUGUUUCAGUAAAUGGCUCUGACAGGCUGAAUAUUCAACCAAUCACUAUACGGGUUAUUUAAUACAGUAGUUGUGACAGUCAUGCAAAGUACAGGAAUGAAUGUUUAAAGAUCGUUUUACUGUAAAUGAUGCUUUGCUGGGUUGGCUCUGACAUUCAUUUCCUCUCUAAUUGCUGCUCUGAACUGCAGUUAGAAUGAAGUCCAGAGUACUUUCUCUUUGUCCAGUCUGCCAGUCCCCCCUUCUUUGACAUAUACUAAACAUUAAAGUGCUUAAUUUCAGUUGAAAAAAAAUCUAUACAAAUAUAUACAGUAUGUAUACAGUAUAUAGACAGUGAUCAUCACUGUGAUAAAAAAGACGACAAAUAUCAAGCAUUUUGUGUGACUGUUGAACAGAAUGAGUAGGGUUACAAUUGAAGUUUGUCCUGACUACGUCGCUUCAGGCAAGGCCAUGUGGUAACAAAAUACAAUGGAGUCACUUGGAGUGUCCACAGUCUAAAGGUUUUAUUCUCUGGAGUGCAUCAAUUUGCUCUUUAAUUUCUUGGCAGAUUCAGAUCAGACCUCCUGUGCACAGAUGGGAUUUGUUGCCUCGACAGUUAAAGGUCACAGGGUUCGCCUAAAAUGCGAGACUUCAUUCUUCAGGGAGCGCAAAUAUCCCCAUCAGAUUGAAAAUAAAUCUGACAAUUACAUUUCAACAUCUUGGAUGGAAAUAUGACAGUUUGACCUGAGGGUAACCUCAGAGGAAAACUCUUGGAUUUAAAAAAAAUUUAAAUGGUUCAAGUGUGAAUUUGCAGUACAUUUGGGCAAUGUCCAUUCUGACAGCCCUAGUACGGUCCUUUAAGACGAAACUUCCCGAGGAAAUCCAUAUUGACCCCUGUCACAGAUGAGAUAACAUUUGUUUUCUUUAAUGAUAUUUUUAGAGUCAUAUUAUGAAGUAGGGGUGAAAAAAAUAAUGUGAACACCACAAACAAGUAGGCCUCAAGUUUGCUCCAAUUUGAUCAGUGCUUUUAUUCUCGUGAAGGUUAUUUUGCUGAGCAAAUAUGCAACACUGAAACAUGCAAGUUUUUAAUGAGGUCUGGUUCUGUGCGUCUUCUCUUAGUCUAGAAUAUUUUAGUUUCAGCUUGUUUCUGUUGUGACAGAGCACACUGGGGAGACACUUCUAAUCUGUGUCAGUAGUAAGCUUGAACUCUUGUGUGUCUGCCAUAGAAGCGCAUGUGUUUGUUUUAGUGUCUGCAGGGUGCACGCAAAACAUGCUCCGAGUGUGCGCUCGUGUCACUUGUUAGUAUAGUUUGCCCGUGAGUGAACGCUCAUAUGAUGUGUGUUUUCCUUGGUGUGUGUGUGUGUGUGUGUGUGUGUGUGUGUGUUUUCAUGAGGCGUGCGCUCUUGCUUCUCACACGCAUAUGUCUACUUACUGUGCCAAGUCAUGAUCAAGUGUAAUGCAGCGCUCUUUCUCCAUUUAACUUGUGAGGGAGCAGCAGGACCGGCCCAGUAUUACUGCUGAAAAUGAGAUGUCACGCUCGGCCAGGCUCACCCUAACUGAUUUAGGCUGUCUGCGUGGGUAUGCCUGUGCUUGUGUGUGUGUGUGUCAGGGAGAGGGUGAAUGCGCUGAAAGGAGAGAGAACAAGAGGGAAAUAGACAGAUAAAGAGAGGCAGAGAGAGAGAGAGAGAGAGAGAGAGAGAGAUAGAAAAGGGAGCCAUGUAUGUCAGUUUCUUUGACAGUUAUUUGCACAAAUUAUUCUUCGGCAGGCAGUAUGUUGUGUACUGACGGCUUGAGGUGUGAUGUGACAGGUGUCCUGCUCCGCGACUGAAACGGGAAGAUAGGUAACAUCUCAUUAUAUAUAGUAGCACUUAUAAACUAUCUGUCACCAUACCUUCUGAUGCAUCAUCAGCCAUUAUUAUCAUCAUUAUUGUCUUCCCGCUUGUCUGCUCUGGUGACGUUAAUUCAAGUGAACCGCAGCAGCUGAAAUGUAUAGAGAGAGAAAGUAAGUGUGAGAAAAAGAAAAGAGGACAAAUGGAGCAAGAGUAACAAAUAGACUGGUGAAAGGCAUAGAUAGAUAGAUAGAGAGGUAGAUAGGAAGAUACAUAGCAGCAGUAUUAUUUCUCAUGUUUCUCUUCACAGUGUUGAUGCAGCGAAGAAUCAGUAUGCUUCUGAAAAUCUUCUCUCCGUUCUUAUUCUCUCACCUUUUUCUCUCCGUCUGACUGUAGUCUCAACUCAAGUAUUUUCCUCCACAUAGCAUUUUUUUAUUAUUAUUUUGAAAUCCUGUAGUGCUGAGUGAUGCAUUAUUUACAGUUAUUUUUUAAUGUGUCUCUAGAUCUAUUUUACCAGAAGGUUUUCCUUUUGAACACUAAAUAUACGGAAGACAUUUAGGCAACAUUUUAAACGUUAUUAUUAGCAUGAUUGCCAAAACUCAGAUUGGUUUGUUAAUGUAAAUGGAGGUAAUGAACAAAUUGCUUGUCAGUUUAAUGAAGUAAGCGACUGUACAUGAGCAUUUAUUUUAGCCAUUAACUCUUCAUGAAUUACAAAUGCAAAUGAAACAAUAAGGAAUGAUCAUUUAUUUUGAUUGCAAAAUUCCCAGUGAUGUUAAAUUCUUCUAGUUUUUCAUCUUUUUAUUUGUAUUUUUCUUAAUUUCAGCCGCAGGCCCCGUUUGGUCUCCUGUAGCGCCGGCAGAACCACAGAGGACCUGAGCCAAGUACAAGAAGAGCAAAAGAACCAGCUGCUUGUAUCAGAAGCAGCUUCCCUCAUCAGAAGGCUUUCAUAGAGGACACACAGCACAGCAGAGUGGCCAGAAAGGAGCACUCUUGUGUCCGGAUAAAGAAAGCUGAAGAGUGAGAGGAGGCAACAAAGAGAGGCAACAGAUUUUCCGUUAUUCCAAGGAUCCAUCCAUUUGACUGAGUCACAGCUGAUGCCAAAGGAGAGGCUAUGAAGAUGAGCUGUGUCGCUCCGCAUUGCAGCCCUACAAGAUAUGACAUAACAUGGGUCCCCUGCUAAUAACCAUGAUGACCAUAAAGCUGUGACUGCAAUUGUGAAGCCUUCACCCCUUUUUCAGCACCCAACCCAGACCCUACUCCUCUUUGGAAACCCUUCCUAGCAACUGUUGUUGCUUCCCUUUCUCCUGCAAACACGACCUCCUUUCCUGCCUGCACCAACGUUAAUAGUUAUAGCUUUCCCUCUUUCUGACUGCAUCAUGCAGGGUGCUUCUACCACCUCCACUCUACUAUUUCUUAUGCUCCCUUCCCUUCUAUUUUUCUCCUUCUUUCCCCAAAUGAUCAAUGGGGACUGCUGGCUCAUUGAGGGGGACAAAGGCUAUGUUUGGCUGGCUAUCUGCAGUCAGAACCAGCCGCCGUACGAGACUAUCCCGCAGCACAUCAACAACACUGUCCAUGACUUGAGAUUGAAUGAGAACAAGCUGAAAGCUGUGCUCUUCAGCUCCAUGUAUCGCUUCACCAACCUGACUGACCUCAACCUCACCAAGAAUGAAAUCAGCUAUGUUGAGGAUGGAGCCUUUGCAGGACAAGCCAACCUACAGGUUCUUCAGCUGGGCUACAACAAGUUGACAAACUUAACUGAGGGUAUGAUGAGAGGGCUCGGCCGCAUGCAAUGCCUCUUUCUCCAGCACAACCUCAUUGAGGUUAUUGCCAGCAAUGCAUUCUGGGAGUGCCCCGGUCUCAGCAGCAUUGACCUGUCAUCCAACAAACUUGGCCGCAUUGACCCAUCCACAUUCACAGUUCUCAGCCGGCUGAUGGUGUGUGAACUGGCAGCAAAUCCAUUCCAUUGCGGCUGUGAUCUUUACAGCUUCCUCACCUGGUUGGAUUCCUUCAACAAUGUAACACACACCUACGAUCGCCUCCAGUGUGAGACGCCCCGGGAGAUGUUUGGCUACCCCUUACUAAUCGCUGCUGGCCAUGCUGGUCGGAAUGCGAAAAGCAUUUUGUACCAUCACUGCCGAGAUGGAGUGAUGAUUCCAGGAAUGACCUCUCUCCCACCAGAUCUGGAUGGUCCUUCCGGGAUGGGACCAGAGAUGUUUGGUGGUGGGCCGUACAACCAGUCCACCACCUCUUCCUCAUCAACUGAACACAGCUUCAUUCCCAGCAUCAAGCUCCAUCAUUUCUCUUUGUCAUCAGCCUCUCUCCUUGUGCAGAUUCCAAAUCCUUUCAGCAAAAUGUAUAUUCUAACACAAUACAACCACACAUUUGUGUCUGACGUCAUGAAUUUGAAACACAAGAAGGAGAUGAUCACCCUCAACAAGCUCAAGCCACACACCAAUUACACCUUCUGUGUAGCAUCCAUCCGGAACUCUCAACGUUACAACCACACCUGCCUCCAGUUUUCCACUCGGGCUCAAGAUCUAGAUGACAUGCUCCCCACACCUUCCACCACUACUCACUACAUAAUGACCAUUGUCGGUUGCCUUUUUGGCAUGCUCAUUAUUUUAGGCUUUGUCUACUAUUGUCUACGUAAGAAACGGAUGCAUGAUGAGAAGAGGAAGUCCAUCUGCGUCAAAAAAACUAUAUUGGAAAUGCGAUAUGGACCAGAAGUGGCGGCAGCAGUGGCAAACGAUCCAUUGGCAGUCCACAAGCUUCAGGAGCAGUCCAGAGAGCAUCACCAGUAUCAGCACCACCAUGGAGGCAAACUUCCCAUGUCCGCAUCCUCGAGUUCGGGCAUGCUCCACUCAGCCAACACCAGUUCCUCGAGACUUUCAUCUAUCCCGCAAGUGGAAAAGAUGGCCACUGCCUUUUCAGAGGCCAUGGCUACAAGUAAAGGAAACUAUAUGGAUAUCAGAACUGGAGGGGCGGGGAUGGAAAGGGUGGGAGAUGGUGGGCAUGGAGGGAUGGACUUGAGGGACGAUGAUGGAACUGAUAUUGGGGAUGACUCCGAUGAUGACGGACAUGGCUCAGCAUCGGAGAUUUCCACCAUUGCCAUGGAGGUGGACAAGGUUAACCAGAUCAUUAACAACUGCAUUGAUGCACUCAAACUGGAUGCAGCAGCAGUUGCUGCUUCAGGGGCCUGUACUAACUCUACAGCCUGCUCCAAUCCCACCUCCCCUCCUCCCACGAGCACGUCCUCCCUUACUCGUGGCCUAAUCCCACUCUCCCAAGGGGUGACAGAGACGUGCCAAGUCAUUGCUCCCAACAAAAUACCCCCUCCGCCUCCACUCCCUGCCUUGAAUGCUCCUCUCUCUGAGCGCCCAGGGAUCAGUGGCGGUGGCUUUGUCAUCUCUCCCCCCUACAGGCCCCCCCCACCAGCCACUGCUGUACGUCCCAUUCAGCGGCAAAUGAGUGCAGAUGCAGCUGUGGUUAUUGUAAAUGCUGUGAAGAAACAGUGCAGCACCACGUCUUGUGGCUCUAUGGGUCGGGACAGGGACCGCGGAGGAGCUAGGGUGUAUAGCCUGGAUGUUCCUGAGCCUCGGAGCCCAGAUGCCUGUAAUCAACAACAGCAGCAGUACCCAGACAGGGCCAGUCCUGUGGGCUGUGGGGAGCCCCUGGAGAGGCUGCCUUUAGUGAGGAGUGGGAGCUACUGUGGAGGGGGUGGUGGUGGUUGCGACAGUGGUGGUGUUGGUGCCCAACAUCAGGACAGCCAGAAGCAACACCACUACCAUCAACAGCAGCAAUUACAACAACUACAACAACAACAACAACAACAACAACAACAGCAGCAGCAGCAGCAGCAGCAGCAGCAGCAGCAGCAGCAGCAGCAGCAGCAGCAACUGGAGGUGCAGCAGGACUACCACUGCUCGGAGCACCGCCACUCCGUCCCAGCUCUAUAUUAUGAAGGCUCCCACCAAGGUUCCCCAGCCCAGAAGGUUUCCUUCCUGAAGCCCCUGACGCGCUCUCGCAGGGAUGCAGCAUCUUACUCCCAGCUUUCGCCUGCCCGCCACCAUUCCAGUUACUCUGGCUACUCCUCCAGCCCUGAGUACUCCUCUGAGAGCUCACUGCGGAUCUGGGAGCGCUUUCGUCCCUACCGGAAAGGCCAGCGCGAUGAGGCCUGUUAUGUGACGGCCGGAAAUGCCCUUAGAAAAAAGGUGCAGUUCGCUAAAGGCGAGGACCUGCAUGACAUCCUUGAUUACUGGAAGGGGGUGUCAGCACAGCAGAAGCUGUGACUGGGAGACCAGAGAUAGGCUUUUUGGGAAAAAGAGUUUUGGAGACUAUUUCCUGUUAGGCCUGUGGGCCAGAGAAACGAUUUGAAGAUCACGGGGAGAAAAAUCGAGGACAAAAUUUUGCCUUUGGGUUUUUUUGUUUUUUGGCAUGCUAGGUGUAUAGAAUAUUGUGCUAAAGCAAGGACUGCGAAACUGUGCCUGGGAUAUGAGCGUCAUAAUGGUGUUUUAUUUGACACGUCAUUGUAGCACCAUUUCUGGAUAAUUCUCAUUUAGUGUUUAUGUUUUUUAUUUACAGUAUAGCACAGGCAGCAGAUGCCAACUGUGUAAUUUAGUACUGUUUGAGUGAUCAUGUUUUGUGAUCAUAUAAACCGUCUUUAUCAGUGCCAUGUUUUCAUCUAUGGGUAAUCAAAGCAAGUAGAUACUGAUAUCCUUCAUUUGAAGCUUGUGUGAUCCAAUAUCUUGUUUCCUAUUUGGUAUUGGGUGCUCUUGACUAUGCUAAGACUAACUGAAGGGAGACUGACGGGUGAGAUCUAUGCUCUGUUUCAAGUGACAACAUACCGUUUAGAGAACAGAGUUGUCAAAUGCAGAACCUAUCUCUCUUCCAUGAUGUCAUUCAUGCAGCUGAGGUAUUUGCAUGUCAAUAACGUCUGUCACAGCAAGAAAAGAAAAUCUGGAAAGAAGUGAACAAAUGAACAAUGAGUAUACAGUCAAGUGGGCUUGAAGGUCCAGCAGCAUAAGGAAAUCAUGAGAGAACGAUUAAAGUAAAAUAGUGCUGCGAUUGCACCCUGAAGUGUUCAACACAUCUUUUCAACUAACACUCUUGCAUGUUCAAUGAGUGAUGUAAAGAAUGUUGUCCAAGCAUUAACCCAAGUAAAUAUCAGAAAUGUGAACGUAAUUUGAAGGAGUACACGGGGCAAAAUAUUGCUCCUUUAUGAAGGUAAUUAGAUGCUACUUACGUGUACAAUAGGGAAAUAAGCUCCCAUUACAAAAAGGCACGACCCAUAUCUGACAAGAGAACCAAGAUAAUUUGAAAGCAAGAGGGGGUAUAAAAGAAAAAGCAAGCAAGGAUAUAAGUCAUUUUUCUGCAGCCACUGUGAAUGUAAGUAGAUUACAAGCAGGUUAUGGGGAAAUCUCUUUAUAUCAUUCAACGUGAGCACCACGGUACAUUCCAAAACCUUUCUCCAACAUUAAAACGGAACGAGGCACAGAGGGAAAGGACACUUCUAAUUACUGCCAACAUGUCUGUUCUGUUCUGGAAAUUGAUGCUAUUGUUGUCUAUUGAUAACCUAAUUAGCCAAAUCGUGACAGGCAUGUUUGCUUGCACUUUACGCCUCAUGGUUAUGUGUGUGUGUGUGGCUGUGUGGUACACAGUGGUCAGUGUAAGUGGGUGUUGGCAUGCCUUGUCAGAUUAUAUUGUAUGUGCCCAAUUUGACUUUAAUUAAUAGCUGUCAUAUCUUGCCAAUUGGCUGGUUGUUUGAGUCUAAACGAUACUAGAUUAUUAAUGGCAUGGACAAAUGUACAAGUAUCAACAAUGUUCGUUGUAUUUGCCCAGACAUACAUCACAUGACCGUGAUGCUAUACCACAGUAGUGCAGUGCCUCUUGCUAACACAGCCAUGAUCCAAUCUCCAUCGUUGUAUAGUAUUAUACAUCCACCUGGCUUUUUCUAUUCAAAUGAUCUACUCGUGAUUUUCCUAAACGAUAAUGUCAUUGCCCGGCAUUCUGGCAAAAGGCUUCCUGCUUACCCAAAGUGCUGUGCAGCCUUUACAUUUUUUUGCAUAAUCAGCUAACAUACACAAUCUGAGACCCUAAAAAUGUGAAAACUGAAUCAGUGUUCCUUGCUCCACAUUUUUUUGUUCAGGGUUAUAUUCCAGAGAAAAUGAGACAUGGUGACAAAUUUAAUUUGGGAACAUUUUUAUCUUUCUUUCGAUCCUCACUUCUUUUCUGUGUAUGAUGUUGAGUUGGCGCACCUCCCACUGCCUUCCCUGCUCUCACAGCUCCAAUGGGUUAUGGGUGCAGCAUGAGACAUGAACAUGUCCUGUUGCAUUUUAUUAAAUGACAAAAGUGAGAAAUUGCCUUUCUUGCAGGGAGGGCUUCGGGUUGUGCAACACACAUCAACACUUCUUUUCCUCUUUCUCAGAGCAGUUGAUUUUUUUUUGCAUGCACUGUGCAUACGGUGUGCAAAUAUGAGAGGGUUGUGUUUCAUGCCUCGGACAUAUUCUCCGUGUUUAGUCGCACGAGGCAGUUCCAUUCAAACUACAAUUGAGAGUCUGUGCCGGUCUGGCUCUCCACACGUGCGCAUUUCCUGAUCCUUCCUUCAUUCCAGUUGGUAGAGUUUUAAUGCACCAUAAAGAAGUUUACCAGGAGUUCAACGGCAUUCGGCUGUCUUUGUAUUUCUUGAAAGGUCUGUUUGUUUAAAUGUGGGUAAUGGCAAAACUCCUUGCAAAAACUCUUAAAAACAAGCAUCUCAUUUUAUUAUCUUCUUCUUGGCAAAUUAGCUAGAAGUGCUCAGCCACCAACUGGACUGGAGUGUGGAAACAAAACUGGAGCAUGCACCGUCUGCGCACAUGCUAUUCAUACAGUCCAUGCGGUCACAACUUUCUGACUGCAUGCAGAUGUUCACAUAGGGUCCGCAUGGACCCCAACGGACAUGGGUGGAUGACGGUAUUUACAUCACGCAUGCCAAAGCGGACCCAUGCAGAAAGUAUGAAUUGACCUUAUUGGUAUCUCCAUAUUGAUCUGUGUGUUUCCUCCUCCCUCUUUGUUUUCAGUUAUCUCCGUCUCAUUUUCCUUGUUUUAUAAAGAUGUUUGCAUACAGUCAGGGUCAAUUACCCUUGGAGACAGUGUUCUCCUGUGAAUGGACCGCAUUAAUUCAGCAGCCUCACUGUCACCAUUUAGUAAAAGCUGGGAUGCACCUCCUCUCCUUCCGUAUAUGAUAAAGCACCAUGUGAUGAACGUACAGCCUUGGAAAUGUCUCCCGCUGAUCUCUUGUUAGCUGAUAUGAGACGUUUUCCAAAGAUUUUCUUUGCUGGUACGUUCUGUAAGAGUACCUGAUCCCGCAGAAGGAACGUGGUGUGUUUAACUCCCCAGAUCAUCAACUGCCAUAACAAGUUUACAGAAAUAGACACUGAGGAUAAGUGUAACAGCAGUAAUAUUGGGAUUGCGCAUCAUUUCAGUUGCCAUUCAUGUUUAUCUAUCUGACAAGAUGUAAUGUGACAGAAAAUCCUGAUUAUUACUGUUUUCAUGGAUGAUUUUUUAACUCGUACAUUCUCUAUUUCAACACUUCACACACCAUUGUGUUUUUCAGGAGAUAGAUUUUCAGGGGGACGGAUGUAUGUUCAAGUGCUCUUCUGCUCAAAUUUCAUUCACACAUUUGUUUGAAUGAAAUUCUAAUGAUGAUACAGCAUUACUGGCGAAUCGGAGAACAUCGUCAGUGCUGGUGGGAGAAGGGCCAAUCUUUCUAAUGAUUUGUAUACACAGUGUUUUCACCACGACUCAAAUGAGUGCUAUUGUUGAGGGGAUAUUGAGUUUCUCAGCAUUAGUAAUUACUUGAAAGCCUGCUACCGAAAUAACCACGAGAUAAGAUGUCGUGUAAGAUGGAAAUGAAGACUGCUUUACACAAAAUACACAUUUGUUUAUAUCUACAAUUUUAACUUUUGAAAAAAACCAGCUGAAUUAUUAAAAUCUCAAGCAGUAUCAGACAUAUUUACCCAGUAGCCAUGUCAUUUCUUCAGGUUUUUUUUGUCCCACAAAGCCAGCACCAAACAAAAACCUUCUCUUCCUUCUCAUGCUGCUCAUAUCCUCGUUGAACCCCUGGAGGGUGGCUCACACACUGAUCAAUGGUCCUUUUUGUAGCACCCUCCUUGUUGUUUGUCUCAGAGCCACAGGAAAGCCAGACGUGAGAAAGCCAUCUAAUGUGCUAUUAAUGUUUAAUCCUCUUUUUGUGGGAGUCUGGCUUCGGUCUCUUCCCUUAUCUGUGCAUACCGCCAGAAGAUCACAGAUGCUUUCAAUUUCUAGUUAACAUGUUAAUCCUUUGAUGCUCUCUGAUAUUUAAAGCUUGGCCCAUUUAAACUAAACUCCAGUUUCUUAAAUAAUGAAUCAGAGCUAAAAAUUGGGUGUGGGUUUACAUCUAAUCACUUUCUAAAUGACUAAAGGAGUUAAAUGCUUCUGUUAUCAAAGACCAGAGUAAAAGGCUUCAGUCCUCCCUCGACACGGUUCACUUUUUACCCGUGUGAUCCGCCAUUGCUUUUAUGAGCGAUCAUCACCGUUUGGGGGGUAAUAUGAGGCUGCAAUACUAAUCACAGACAGAAAAAUCUGUGUAGUCAUUCUUUUGCUUGAUCAUUUACUGGAUCAUCUUCUCACGAAGCAGAAGAAAAAAUAAACACAAAUCUGUGCAUGCACAAAACACACACACACACACUCAAGAGUGUGAGAAAACUGGGAAAUAAAAAAGUGAGUCAGAAUGAGUCACAGCCUAACUCAACUAAAAUCACUCUUUUCCUGAAAGGCAGGUAAUGGGCAAGGUCUUCAAAGAGAGGAGAGCACUAAGAGAGGGGUUUUGGGCUAAAUGCAGGCAGACAUAAAAGAUGUGGCAGCAUGGCUGCACUAAAACUUACCAUGCAUGAUUCAUUGUGCUGCUGCAAAUGAACCAUUACAAACACACACACACACACACACAUAACAGGAGCAUAUUGUGGGAACAACAAAAUAUUCACAAACUUCGGCAUUUCUGACAACUGAAAGCAGCUUCUCUAAAGCCUUAAAUGAGGACAGCUUCAUUUCCACUUGCUUUCAAGGCAGGUGACAGACAGGUAUUACUGUGACACUGACAGUGGGCCACAAAUCCUUUCAAUUGGUAUCUUCAGACCUUUUGUCCAACAGUCUAUUAAGUCCAUUAGCUUACUGUGUGGGAGAUUAGCCUGAGUGGAUAAUGUGACAAAUUUGAUAAAUGGGAAACUGUACUGUGUCCCCCCCCCUCAUGAUAGCCACAGAAGACAUACAAAUUAAACGCAUGCCAUUUUUGGAAAUGUAACGCUGAUGUGAAAUUGUAUUUAUCUAAAGACUGAAGAAGAAGUCAUUUGAGAGAAAUGAAAUAUGUCUUGGCGUGACUGAUUUCUUGGUCACUCUUUUAAUGAGGCAGCUCUGACAGGCUGAGCUACUGCCAACGCUGCCUUUUCAACUGCCAAGCACCACUCUAAGUAAGAGUUUAUGUUGAAAGCAUUCCCUGACUUCGUCACAAUGUAGCAGGCUACACAUGUUCAACUCAUCUCUAAUUUAACAACCGUGCUGGUGAAAUACUCGUGAGCUAUUUUAAGCUUAAAAAAAACACACACAGGGAUGGAUUUUGGACUUCUUUGUUCGCGUUUAAAAAGGUGGAGAGACAUCUUAUAAUUCUGAACAAAAAGUAUUCUGAGCAGAAGAGCAUUUGUAUUGUAAGCCAAAUAAAGGUUUGCCACAUUAUGGACCCUUUUUUCAACACUUUUUACACACACACGCACACAAAAAUAACAUGUUUAUUUACACUUAUGCAUUAACUCUGCAAGGUUCAGUUUCCAAAGACGGAUAAAGGACUUAAAGAAUCUGUGAAAUAUCUGUGAAUUUUGUACACUAGAUAAAAGAUUUAAAAAAAAUACUAAGGUUUAAAAAAAAAAAAAAAUGCUUCUGUGGAUGUUUUAUACUCAGCCUGAUCUCUUGAUAUGUCUGUGUUUCUCUAUUUUCAGUUGGCCGUUUGUCUUUGUUUAUUUUUUUUAGGUUUUUCUUUGGUGGGUCGGGUGGGUUGGUUAUCGGGAACCAAGGGAUGGACUUUUAGUACUUGCAAUGAUAUGUGUCAUAAAGGUUUAAAAACAGAGAACGCUUAACAUAGUGUACUACAUAAAAGAAAAGUUGUUAUAUUUGCAUGACUCCCUGUAUUUUUUUGAGAGACAAAAAUAUAUUGUUGUGUACAAUGAGUGGACGUACAUUGAAAACAAAAACUGUAGGGGCUGAAAUACAGUUGUGUCAAGUACCUUUGAUUUUAACAUUUAGGUUUUAGCUGUUUUUUUUAUUCUCUGUGACGUUUUCUAUUUACAUUCUUACCCAUUGGUUUUCAUUUGGGGUACUUGUAUGAUGUACUGACACUGCAGUUACCAUUACUACUCUUUUUUGCCACAGGCUGUUGGAGUGUGCAGCACAAAAAUGUCUGAGGCUAGUGGGUGUUUACAUCCAUCUGUUAUGAGAAAACUGCACUCUGUUCUUCGUGGUUGCAACGAUUAUUUUCCAUGGCAGACAUGCAAAGCUAUCUUCUUUGGCUUGAGGCGCGGCCCUGUCACAGUUCGUGGUUGUAUCUUUAACUCAGCCGCCUCCUCUGUGGAAAAGAAAAAAAAGGAAAAAAGUUUUUACAUAAUAUGUGACAAUAUAUGUUCAAAGAAGAGUGAGUGACGCAAGCGCACACACACACACUGCAGAUUGUCUAAUGGUUUUUAACAUAAUCCCAAUCGGAAGUCACUGGCAAAUCAAUGCAGCAUCAGCAGCUUCUCCCUCAGCCUCAGCCCACUCGCUGUGAGCUAAAUCAGUGACUCUUCUGCUCUCACUGCCUGCUGGUUUCCUAACUUGUUAAUUUAAUUCAUCUUACAUCCAGCCAGUUGUAAAUCAGUCUUUUAUCAUUUUUAUUAUGCACUGUAUUAUACACUCUGUCUUCUGCUGAAUAGCUUUUUGUGUGCACAGAAAAGACUGCAACUCGACUUGAUUAAAAAAGACUAGAUAGCUGCGCCGCUGUAGAAACUAAGACAAUAUGUCACGUCUAAAUGGGAAGUCCUUAUAAACAUGAAUAUAGUCUGUACAGGAGCGUUUCAAAAAACAUCUGAUAUGCAUCUGUUUUUAGAAGAAAAAAGUGAAGUAUAAUUGGUUCUAGUAGAGCCUUUAAAGUGUCAGGAGCCCGUCAUUCUCAUCAAUGUUAAUGUUUUCUGUGCGCACAGAUAGCAGAUAGCUGGGCAUCCAUUGCUAUUCCGAACACACAGUCCGGUGCUGGGGUAUACUCGGCAAGUCAGAAUGAUUGGCCUUGUCAGUGGCAGAGAUUGAAAACUCAGCGGCCCCCAAAAAAUGUCUGUCAGUUGACAGAGAGAAGGCAGGGGAGAGAGGGUUCGUCCUCGACUCUUUGAGGAAAUUAAAUGUCUCUGGGUUGAUUGGUUCAAACGUUAACAGUGUCUUGGCCUUGCAGCAAGAAAAGUACACAUGAUGCAGAAACAGUUACUUUUAAAUGAUGCAGAACUAAAUCCAACUAAUAUUCAGUAAGGAUUAGGGAUAUAAACCUGCUCAGUCAGUAUUGAUUUGACUUCUACUGAGCUCUAAUUCCUUUGAGUUUAGGGAUACAAUUGCCCAAUCUGACAUCCCACAAAGCUACAAUAUGCAAUGGGUUUCAGCGGCAGAACCGUUGCAUUCCUUUUGCUGUAGUCUCAUAUUUUACAUUCCUUUUAGUGGCAUAUUCUCUACCUUUUGCAAAAGCAUGUUUUUUUUAUUCAUUUUUCCAACACUCACGAGGAACUGUGAGAAGAGGCGUUUCACUGUUUUACAGGUUGUAUCAGCUGAAAUGAGCUUUAAAUACUAUAAAUAACCCCUUAAAAAGUUACAGCACAACCAUCUAAUAUACGGUGUGUAAUCACUGAAGUGUGAAAGUAGAGCCACCAUCUGAGUGACCCCUACAAGGCCAAGAUCAAUAUCAUGUAAUUUUAGUUCCUAUCCUGCCAUUUAUGUCACAUUUGUGUCAGUAUAGGGAUCUUGCCAAGUUGACAUGGUCAAAAGUCUUCUAUUGGAAUCUAAUGUGACUCUCCCCUCUGGUUUCAACUCUACUCACUGGUGUUUAGUGACCAAAAGGGAAAGACCAAAACAAAGGUUUGGAUAAUGGGAACAAUUCUUGGCUUUUUUUCUUUCUUUAAUUAUCUGUUGCUGAUAUUGACAUUUUUUUCCCUUUGCGAUUUCUGUACAAAAGAUCUAUUUCUAUAUUUGCAAUAAAUUUGUAAUUAAAAAUGAAAAA